AUGGCCCAGCAGGUCGAGAACACCGACAAUGACCAUCUGGUCCAAUCUUCCGACCCGGAGCACCCAUCAAACUUGAUCCCUGAACUCUGUCGUAAAUUCUACAACUGGGGAUGGGUCACUGGCACUGGUGGUGGUACUUCUAUCCGACGCGAUGACCACAUCUUCAUUGCGCCGUCUGGUGUGCAGAAGGAAUUAAUGAAGCCAGAGAACAUCUUCGUUCUCCAGUUCCCCACCCCCAAAUAUCCCCCCUCCGAGCGCAAAUAUAUCCGCAAGCCACUCGACCUGAAGCCAUCGGCCUGCACUCCUCUGUUCCUGGCGGCCUUUGAGCGUGGUGCUGGCUGCUGCAUCCACACCCACUCCCAGUGGGCCGUCUUGGUGACGCUUCUAGUGGAACGUGAAAAGGGUCCCGGAGGCUACUUUGAGAUCAGCAACAUUGAACAGAUCAAGGGUAUCCCUCGCGGCAAGGGCAAGGGCAUGCUGGGCUUCUUUGAUACUCUGAGAAUCCCAAUCAUUGAGAACACCGCCUUCGAGGAGGAUCUCACUGGAAGCUUGGAGAAGGCCAUGGAGGAGAACCCCGACACCUGCGCCGUUCUUGUGAGAAGACAUGGAAUUUACGUCUGGGGGGAUGAUGUUGCCAAGGCCAAGACUCAAUGUGAAAGCUUGGAUUAUCUGUUCCAGCUUGCGGUGGAGAUGCACAAGCUCGGUAUCCCAUGGGUUAAGGAAUAAAUGAGUUAUAUAUGCAAAGGGCUUGAUCUCUGUCAUUGAGGACCUUGGGGGAGUGUGUGUCGAGUCCACUAGGUUGAGGCGCUAUGUCCUGAAGAUACCACCAUUAUGAUGAUGAUUUGAUAUAUUAGGAAAAGAAAAUAUAUGCAUUAAAGGAGCGUUAUAGGAUUUAAGCCUAUAUUUG